UCUCCAUCUUCCUCCUCCCCCCCUCUCCCCCAUCCCCUCAAUGGCCACUCCCAUCCGUGUCUCCUUCUCAAAUGCCCCGCCCAGAGAUACACCCGCUCCCUCAUCUCCCCUAGUCCCGUCCAGCUCGAGCCCCAGCAAACCCGCCCCGCUCGGUGUCGCCCGCACCUUAUCUGCUAGUCGUCGCGGCGUCAUCUUCUCCCCGCGAAACCACACCAAAUACUUCCACUCCGACGAUUCCAUCGUUGGAUCCUCCUCCACCCAGGUUCCCGCUCUCAAAAAGCUUCCAGCAUCCGACCCCGUCACCCCCACCUCACACAGUCAUCUUCAGGCGCAGGAGACUUCGCUGCGGCAAAGUAUUCUUAAGUCACGCGCCGACCAGAUACGCAUAGCCGCCAACGUCGAAGAAGGGACGUUGAACAAUCGAGAGCCGGCUCGCCUAUUGAUCAGCGGUAAGCGGCCAUCUCUGAUGGCCCGCGAUUCAUUUGAGCUGGCGAUUGGCGGCGCUGUCAAGGGCAAGGGCAAGGGGCGAAUGUCUAGUGAUGGGGCCAGCUCAUCGGACGACGACCCGAAGCACUCUGACGACGUGAAUCCAGCUGGAUCUGGUGACGGAGACGGAGCAAUCUCGGAAGAGGAAGAGGUGGAGGAAGAAGGUGGCUUGUCGAUCAGCUCCCUUGUUGACAUCGUUUUGAAUGGCGCCGAGAACCUCCUAACGUUGGAGGAAGCAUACAACAUGCUUUUAAUCCGUCUGCGACAUCAUGUCCCCUCCGAUGACAGCUUGCUUCUUACGCCCGAACAAGAAGUCUCAUUACGCGACGCUACCCAGCCUAUCCGCGACGAAGCCCCCGCAUUGGUACGUGCCUUUCAAAGAGACGUCCUGCGGUUGCUCGGCAAACCUCCUAGCUCGGAACCAGCAAUGAACAAUCUCGAGUCGUCGCCUUUCCGGGAACUUGAGCCGAUAGAGGCUCCUCCGAGAAGUCGGUUCACACCUUCGCCAUCCCCUGACGAGGACAACUGCAGGCCUUCGCGUCAAGGCUACAACGGGCCCGAAAUUCGGUAUCGUAGAGAGGCAUCCGGCGUGGGUGCUGCCGUCAUCCGAUUUCUGGCACUUGUCGUCUACAACCCCUGUAUGAGCUCUUGCUUCUCGGAUGUCGAUCUCCAAGCGAUCCUCGAGCAAGUUCUCACUAUUACCCGCACUCCCCGCCUUCCCACACCAAACCCCAAGCGGACGUACAUUCUCUGCAUCACCUUUCUCACUCAAAUCCGCCUGCCAGCUGCUGCCGUCAAUGCUGUCAAGGGCAAGCUCGUGAGCGCUGUGCUUAAAGCUGUCCAGGAUGAAUUUCGACUCAAGAUAAGCGGCGUACAGCCAGACAAGGCUGGACCUGGGGGCACAAAAAAGGAAGGCUUGCUCGCUAUCGCCAAUCUUCUCUCCACCUACCCUCUCAUAUUCUUCCCUUCUUAUGCCGAGCUUUUGCCCAACUGCCUCCGUGCCCUCUAUAGCCCAAAUAACCCCACUCGCUACCGCGCUGCUAUGGCAGUAAAUGCCUUUGCUCGUGCCAAGCUGGCUUUUCUUGAGCACGCUUUGGAAAGCGGCGACAAAUCCACCUGGGAUGCGGCGAACACUGUGGCCAGAAAAGCCGAGUUCUUUGUCAUUUCUCAUCUGACUGGCCUCUACAAGCCUGCCAACUCAUCCGCGCCGAUGGCUCGGAAGGAUGGGGUAAGGAGGACGGAGUGGAGUCUAUUGGAAGACAAGUUCAAGAUGACUGUCGGGUCGAACAAUGACGUGCAUUGGGCGUGUAUCACAUGGGCUUCUCUAGUGACUCUUAUGGGGUCGGCGUAUGCAAAUUCGGGAUCGCUGAGGGAUCAGUACGACAACAUCAUCGACCACUCUGUGCGACGUACUACCAACACGAACCGACCUCUCCUUGCUCGGGUGGCUUGGAACCACGCCAUCCAUGCUUACUUUUCCCACGGAGCCACCACUACCAUCCUUCCCAAUGGCAAAGUCGUCCGAUCUUUCAAUGUCUUCUUCGCCACCAGAGAUAUGUCGGUGGACCGGCUGGUGGAGCAGUUGCAGAUGCCUAUCAACCACGCUUUGGAUGAUGUCCUCAACAGUGGCAACUAUACCAUCUGCAAGGUGGAUGCCGAGGACCAUCUGCUGUGGAAAAGGUCGGAAAAGCUCAAACGGCUUGCGUGGAGUAAGACCGUCACCAAGUCGGCGACGGCGCUGUUCUUCGCCUAUGUUGGCAUGGCGCUUCAUAGCGAGCAGAUACCUGCGAAGGACAUGUCCGUCAUCAACGGCUUGCCUUCGUCUGACGCUGAAGACGAUGCUUCAAUGUCUUUGACUCUCGACCAGAAACGCCGCCCUCUUCUAGACCAAACGUGGGAAAAAGUCGUCUACCCCCUACUCUACAAAAUCUUCCGUGUCUGCGGCAUCGACGACCUUACCACGUAUGGCUGGGAUCUCCUCGAGGCUUUGACAUCGCCCAAAACAGACCGAGAAGUCCCUUGGAGCCUCGAUGCCCUCGUCAACACAGCUUACAGAGGUUCUGAGGCGCUCGAUGUUGAGAAGGACAAGGACGAGCAUCUGAAAGAAUUGUCCCAACACCUCGAAAGGAUCGGGCUCAAAGCGUCCGAUGUCCCUUCAUAUGGCCAAUCAUGGAUUGCAGCUCGUCUUGGGAAGUGGUGCACGCUGUUCAAAGACGCUCUUGCCAGCAUCCACUGCAUCAACUUGCCUGCCAGUACGAAUUGGGUCAAAGAUGAUGCUGGUGUCCCUCUGAUUCCCGUUCCUCUAUCCGACGUUUGGACAAACCUCCUCACUGCUCUCCGGCAAUUGAUGGAUAACCCUACGGAUGACAACAAACCGGUAAUCGUCAGCGGCAUGCGAGUGAUCACUGCUGUAUUGAUUGAAGUCUGGCAGACUCCUCCGGGCCACAUCACUCCGAUAUCCCUCAUGAACGAAGCUGGAAAGCUUAACGUCAAUGAAGACCUUCUGAGGAUUGGUAUCACUGCACACCUUUUCGAGGCUUGCUCCAGGGUCCUCGGCAGCAACAUGACAGUCAAACUCGCGCCAGGGCAAGAUUCACCUCUGGGACUCUUACCGUACGCCCACACAGCCCUGGGCGCCGACGAGACCGAGCCGAGCAUGAAAACGACUACUUGCGCAGGCUAUCUUCUUGGCCAGAUCCUUCGAGCCGAGUUUCUCAUUACGCCCGAUGAGAUUGGAACUUUAAGGGUGCCUUUCAUGCAGCUGGUCAAAAAGGUGUUGUGUGUAGGUCUGAAGGGUGAGCGGAAGAAGAUCUUGGGGGGCCUGACGCUCGCGGAGCCCUUCUUGUUGGAAAAGUACGAGGCGCUGCAUAUGGAUAUCUGGAGAAUGACUGCCGAUGAAUGGAACAGAUGUACCGAAGAGGACAUCCAUCAGUCUCAGGCGGGCCAGUAUGACAGAAUGCCGACCAAUCACACCGGCAAUCUUCUCGUUUCGCUCCUUACGGACCCUUGGUGCAACUCCACAGUUGACUCCUAUUGGCACGCUCGUGCCACGGAAGCCGAUCUCAAUAGCUGGCAGACACUAUUGAGUAGUACCAUCCAAAGGUUCAAGGCGAAAAAAGCUGUUGUGCAUUCUGGGAUCUUGGAGACUCUAGCCGCGCAUAUGCACGACUAUAUCGAAGCUCCUGCUUGCUUCGUCUCUCCCAUGACCCUCAAAUGCCUUGCUUUGGCAAUUUCCAACAUUUCUUUCCGCUCACAGGUCAGCAACAGUCAGUCCUCGCCUUGGCACGCGGGCGACAAUUACGUCCCAGAAGAUUUCCUUGCUCUUGUCGCCAAGUCUCUUCAAUUGGCCCAUGAUCAGCGUACCGAAGUAUCAUCAGAGGCAUUGGCAUCUCUCUUUGCAAGCAUCAAGUCUAUGGUCGAACGAUUGCCCGGAACAUUCACUGCGGCUGUCGUCGGACCUCUAAACAGUGCCCUGCGGUCCUGGAUGGAAGAUAAGGACUUGGGAGAGGGUCUGCGUGCGACUCUUGAUGGUCUCAACAAGGCUCUUCUUGGCGCUUACGCCAGAGCGACGGCUGAAAAGGUUGAUAUCGAAACCUUGCGGCUAUUCGUCAACUCAUUCUCUGGCCUGGCUCUUCGACCUCAACCAGCUGGCCAAGAAUUCUUUUACGUGUUCGACAAUGUCUUGCAGCUUGGCUACGCUCAAUCACCGGUGGAGACCCUUCCCAUCAUGGCUCAUGUCAUCCGCAUGAUGACCACCCUGAUGGGCGAAUUGCCUGUUGGAGAGUGUGCCGAGCUCUUCGCUCAAAUCCCCGCUGGAUUGCUGCUUUGGUGCGAAGACGAGAUUAACAUUGCUGGAGACAUCAAGGAUGAGAUCAAUGAACUCUACCGAUUCACCCUCACAGUUCUUACCGAAAUCAUUCCUACAAACAUGCCCGCCAAUUCUGCAACUCUCAACAGACUCUUGCCUCUCUACAAAUCCCGUGCAACCGAAAUGAUCACUGCAUUCGUGGCCUUCUGGAAGGCUACUUUUGCAGACGUGCAAGGUUUGGAGUAUGAGUAUGAAACCAAAGAUUUCUUGCGAGAGAUGAAGGAAAUCUUGAGUUUGGGAGAUCUGGAACUGCCAGUCACUGGACUUGCAACCCAAGAUACUCAAACUCAGGACGACCGGUCUCAGCCCGAGAUUGCAAGCCCCCAGCAGCAUGACCAAGAAGAAAGCUUUGAGGAGUUUGUCCCGGUCUCUGAACCUCAUGGUCCAAAUGAGAACCCUGUCGAAGAAGAAUUUGUUCCAGAGACUCAAGGAUCUGUAUCUGAACCUACUCAGGCGCAGUCCUACGAUGCCGACGAAUCUCAAUUCGAGUCCCAAAUUCAAUCCCUCAAUCAAAGCGCCGAGCCCACAGUGUUAGUACGCGCCGCCAACUUUUACGGCUCGCAGACUGCUGCUGCCCCUGCGACAGAGUCCAGCAGUCUCGAAUACGAAGCGGAUGAGGAUGUCUUCGGGCCCGCUGCUCUUGCAAAGCCAAAGGGUCGCAAGAGGGCCAAGAGGGCCUCCAAGGAGAAGCAGGCGCAGAAAGUGCAGACUGCAAGGGAGGAGAAGGCCAAAAGAAGGAGAGCCAAGGUCGAAGCAAGGGAGAGCGAGAACCGAUGUCGAUCAUCUCCUGCACCAGUUUUCAAACCUUCGCUCGACACCCUCUUCCCCGAUCUCGACGAUUCCUCGGCGGACGAGUGUAUCGUUGUUCAACCUGAACGUUCGUACUAUGUUCGCAAGGGUCUCAAGCCCCCCGCGGAGCGCCUGGUGCAGGAUCACACGAAGUCUGUGGAUAUUGAACUUGAAGACACGGACGUCGAGCAGGAGCCUGAACCGAGCGAUGAUCAAGGAUUCGAAGUUGGUCCCACCCCUUCUCCUCGAUCAGCUUCUGGGCUGCCACCAGACUCUGCCAAGCAACGUGGAUCGCUCUUGUCCUCUGCCAGUCGCUGGUUAUCUCGCGUCCCUUCUCUUUUCUCCCAGAACGCCACGCCCCCAAAGAGCGCCGCGCCCGUCUCCGUACCUUCCAGCUUCCCCGAGUCUUCUCAGUCUGAGGCUGGUUUCGUCACCGAGAAGCCGCGUAAGCCAAGAAAGAGAAAGGCUGCUGCUGCUCAGCUGGAGCAGAAAGAAGGGUUCAAGCGAGCAAAGUCUACUGCUUCCACGGCCUCAUCCGGUUCGGAAAGCAGGCAGAAGCUGGUGCCUGUUGUAGAAGUCCCAUCUCGAGCUAGGCUCUUGUCUACCCCCAAGAGUUUCACGAAAGCGAAGGGCAAGGGCAAGGCCCAGGAGGCUCGGAAUGUAGGACGGUGGGAAGCAGAUGAUGACGAAGACGAUGAUUUGUUGUUGACUCCCGCAAGUGCGAGACAGCAAAGAGAAGAAGAAGAGAUAGCUUUGACAGCUGCUGGUAUGUCAACCAGUCAACAAUGGGAUGAGAGUGUCAGUGGGAGAUUUGCGGACGCACCCGGCGACCCAACUCCCGUUCAGCGAACACCGACUGCCCCUCGCCUUGCUGUCCCCAAGGAAGCACCUUUGGGCCCUUCUCCCGAACGUCGAACAACCGAGCAAAAGCAGCUGCUAUCCACCAUCGAAGACGCGAUGAAGGCGAAAGAUGCUAUUGAGGAAUUGGACUUUGAGGGGACAAAGGCGCUGCUGAAGAACCUGAACGAGAUGAGAGAGCUGGCAGAGAGGAGAAUCUUGGCUAAGGUCGACGAGAUCAGGAGGGGGCGUUGAACGUUGAAUGACAGUGUAAUGGUAGCCAUGAGUAAUUAUGAGAAUACGAGGCCGUUGUUUGUGAUAUACCGACUUGUAGAUUAGAGGGGUGAUACAUACCCGUUGUUGAGAAGAAGCCCAUGCAUAAUCUAGUAACGAUCGA